AUGUUGGGAGCCCUCAGAAGGUGCUCUACCGUGCUGCCGCGCAGUGUCGCUCAGCUUUCAAGCGCAACCAGAAGCUCUGCUGUUUCAAAAAUUUCACGGCCUUACAAUGCAGCACUUAUCACCAGAAGCCUGCACCAGACCAGCCAAUCGAGACAACAAACCGCCGCCGUUGCUGAAGACGACGAGGGUCUUGGUUUUCAGUCGGAGCAGACUGAGAAUGGUCCCAUCACAACCUUCGCCGAACUGGGUCAAAGGCAGCUGGUCAGCAAAGGAGUCGUCCAGACUCUGAUCAAGGACAUGGGCCUCGAGAACAUGACCGAAGUCCAGACCGCCACCAUCAACCAGGCCUUGAAUGGAAACGACAUCCUCGCUCAGGCCAAGACUGGUACCGGCAAGACUCUGGGUUUCCUGAUCCCCGUCCUGCAGAACAUUCUCAAAACCGACGCUUCUCUCGGUGAGCGUCGCAGAGGCUUCGCCGCUCGCAGAGGCAACAGAACCACCGCCGACGACAUUCGCGCCAUCAUCGUCUCGCCCACUCGUGAACUGGCUGAACAGAUCGCCGUCGAGGCAAAGCGUCUUGUUGCAAACACUUCGGUCAUUGUACAGACGGCAGUAGGAGGAACAAUGAAGUCCGCUGGCCUGCGCGCCAUCCAGCGCGAGGGCUGCCACAUCCUGGUCGGUACCCCCGGUAGACUGAAGGACAUCUUCAGCGACAAGUACUCUGGUGUUGAGGCACCCGGUCUUGACGCCCUUGUCUUCGAUGAGGCCGAUCGUCUGCUCGACCAGGGUUUCUGGCCCGAGAUUCAGGAGAUUAUGAACCUUCUGCCCAAGCCUGAGGAGAAGACUCGUCAGACCCUCAUGUUCAGCGCCACCGUGCCCAACGAGGUGCAGAGACUGGUCAAGCAGACCCUUAGACCUGGUUUCGACUUUGUCAAGACUGUGCGCGACGAUGAGGAGCCUACCCAUGCUCGCGUUCCUCAGCACCUUGUUACUGUCAACGGCCUGGAGAACACCGUUCCUGCUAUUGUUGAGCUGUGCAAGAACGCCAUUGCCGAUGCCCAACAGCCCGACGCUCGCCCCUUCAAGGCCAUUAUCUACUUCAACUCGACUGCCGAAGUUACUCUGGCCUCUGCCGCUCUCACCGAGCUCCCUAGCCCUCGCAGUCGUUACCGCGAUGUACCAUCUGCCCUCUACCCUGCCCGCAUCUUUGAGAUCCACUCUCGUUUGAGCCAGGCACAGCGUACCCGUGCUUCUGACAACUUCCGCAAGUGCUCAUCUGGUAUUCUGGUAUCCUCCGAUGUGACCGCCCGUGGUAUGGACUUCCCCAACGUCACCCACGUCAUCCAGGUUGGUAUGCCUCGUGAUCGCGAAACCUACAUUCACCGUAUCGGCCGUACUGCUCGUGCUGGCAAGGAGGGUCAGGGUUGGUUGAUCUCUCCUAUGAUCGAGGCUCAGGAACUUCCUCGCAAGCUCAACAACCUCCCCCUGCAAAAAGACACUACUCUGGCUACCGCAUCCGUCGACAUGACUCGCGAGGCAGACGUUCCCAGAUCAGCUGCCACCGUCUUGUCCCAGGUAGCCGAGGCAUACAAGCGUGUUCCUAUGCAGCUCAAGGCCGAUGCUUACAAGGGCUACAUCGGUACCUACGGCUUCAUUCGCAAGAAGGCUCUCGUCAAGGCUAUCAACAACCUCUCUCGCUACGCCUGGGGAAUGGCCACCCCUCCAGAGGUCUCAUCUAAGCUCGCCAGUCGCGUUGGUCUCACACGAGUCCCUGGCAUGAACAUUGAUGGAAGAAUCGUUGAUGGUAACCUCGAUGAUGUUGACGACAGACCUAUCCGCAGCAACGAUGGUCGUUUCGGUUAUGGCAACUCUCGCAGUCGUGCCUACUCAAACGAUCGCAAUGAUGGUGGUCGUGGAGGCUUUGGCGGCGGUCGCGGCGGCUUUGGUGAUCGCAGAACAAGUUACGGCGGCGGCGACCGUGCUGGUAGCUUCGGCAGAGGUGGCUAUGGCGGAGAUCGCGCUGGCGGCGACCGUGCUGGCUAUGGUGGCGAGCGCAGAGGUGGCUACGGCAGCAGAGGUGGUGCCGACUUUGGCGGAGAGAGCAGAAGCGGCUUCAGCAGAGGUGGUGACCGAUACUAA